AUGAUCUUCAAAUUUCUCAUUAUAAUCUAUCCCACUACAGUUCAGGCCAUUGGAAGCACCAUCCAGAUCGAUGGUUUUCGGAAAACUUCUGUGCCGCCAGCAGUGGAGCAGAUCGCCGGGAUCGCCCUUCGGUUUUGCACUGGUUGCACGAACCUCAGCCGUUCGGAGCCACACUUGCUUCUCGACCAUUGGCGACGGCUGGAAGGCCCACUCUGCGUCAGACUUGUGAAGGCUUUCGUGGACAGAACCUACGGCACUCGGGAACAAGUGCACGAUGCGUGGCCUGAGGUCGUGAUCUACACUACAGACACUGAUAAACGGUGCCCGAGGAUGGUCAACCGCAAUGUCAUCUUUGAACCCUCUCACCCCUGCUUAUCUAAUUCCUUCGCUGUGAGCGCCGCAAAAAAGAAUAGAUAA